AUGCAUUGGUUUCGAUAUAUAGCGCUAGCGUUAGUGCUUUUUGAGAUUAAUACCGUUCGAGGAGACUUUGGUAUAACGCCUGCUAUUUCUGGAGCUACCAUAGUGGAACAGUAUGCACGCCGAAUCCGCGAUGAAGCUAAUGGGAUCGCCAGUGCGUAUGGAGACAUCGCUCUCGAGGGGCCUUCGCCAGCGUUUAACGAUGCAGCUGCUGCCCUCAAGGCGAUGUACGAGCAGAUUGUAGGGUUUAUUCUACCCAUCGCUCAGUCUAUCGGUACACUGGCACUGAACGACGUGGGUCCUGCGGAGGAUCUGUUUGGAGAUGCUGAUACGAAGAUAACCGCCAUGUCUACGUUCAUUACUGGCAGUGCACAAACCCUGCUGUCCGCUGUACAGACGAAAGUUAGUAUUUUCGUGCGUACCGAACUGAAUGACAUCCUUAACACCAUCAAGGCAACGCUGACCGAGCUUCGUAACGCUUUGAUUACACUCCGGGCAGCCGUGAUAAAUGCUCGCACUAAUCGUGCAACUUCCUCGAACGUUCAGAACUACGUGAAACCUUCCAUGGUGGUGUUAGUGCAAACGAAAACGCUGCAACUCGCUACGGAUCUGCCAGCAGCAUCCUUCUCCGCUAUUGAGUCGGCACGUACUAUCAAUCAGGCGAAUGUAUUCAUCCAGACCGGCAUUGCCGUUUCGAGUGGUACCACACUGUCUGAGCUGUGGGAAAGUGAGAUGCUGAAGGAAUAUGAGAAGAUUAUAAACUUCUUGCAGCGAUUGAAGACGCUCGUAGACACGGAAAUUCCACUAGUGAACGAACGAAUUGGUCAGUUUGCUCAGGUUUUCAUUGCACUAACCACACCGCCUCUAAUGAAGUAUAGCGAGAUCGAUACAGUGUACCGCAAAAUCAUAUCUGGUAUUGAAGACAAUGUUCUCAAUGCGUACAAAACACUAGUCGCAUAUGCCAUCGAAUACAUCAAUAAUCUACUCAAUAAUUUCUACCCACCGAUCGAACCUGCCAUCAAGCGCCUAUCGGAGGUGUUGGUCCAGCGAGGAAAGUACGGUGACUUCUGCUUCGAAACUUACUACCCAAAGAUAGAACAGUAUCUGUUUUCGGGCGAAAUGAGUUUGCUGACGUGUAUUAAUGCAGAGCUUGAGCGAGAAAAGUUUCUGAUGGAAGCGAUAGUGGAGGUGAUCUAUGAGAUGCAGUUCUUCCUAGAGGAUACUAACGCUUAUCUGAAGACUUGCUACCGCAUAUCGUUGUUCGAUACACCGCUGGCCAAUCAAUGCUUGCAGGAGCAUACGGAAUUUUCUGAACUCAUCCCUUGUACGGCCAUCAAGGAGUACGCCACCCUGCUUCAGCUGCUGUGCAAAGAGGUAGACUCACUGCGGUUCCGAAUGUGGGCCUGUGUGUCCCGCGACACGUCAAGGUUCCCACUCGAGGCAAAGGACAUACUGGCCAGCAUUGAAAAAUGCCAAGAAUUUGGUCCUAUCGUAUAA